UCCGCUCCCUGUUGCAAAUAAUAUUUAAUGAUUAAUGUUGUCACGUGCCAGUUUCAUUUUUUUACGAACGAACGGAAAGACGGAUUACGUAUAGUAAGCAAAUAAUACUUCAAAAUAGAAAUGAACAGUGCAUUAUUUGGAGCAGAGCGGCUAAGAAUCGUCGUCACGUGUCACUGUCACCCUAGCUACACUGUUUGUGUACGUAUGGCCGCAGUUGAGGUAGGAUAUAGAAAAGUGAAAGUUUCGUAGAUAAAUGGCAUCUACAACGAAGGAGGGUGUCAACAUAGUGCACCAAAACGCAAUAUUGUGUGAAACGAUCAAGAAAGAACAGCAGUAUCAAAAGCUCUACACGAAUUAUAGCGUGAACCCCUUCAAGAAACUGUACACAUUGUCUGGAAAACCGAACUCUGCACAUGACUCUGCUGACGGCGAAGAAGAUAGUAAUUUUUUAGAGACAAUUGAGCGGGCACAUCAGGAACCAGUGAAGAAGUAUAGUAACCCUCAGACUGAAGCUCAGGAAAUUGGCUGGACAACGAAACCAUUGAUUGACACAGACAGGACUGACCGAAGACUCCAUUUUCCAAGACAUAACUCUGAUGUUACAAAAUAUUGUGCAGCUAUGUGGAGGAUAAAGGAACAAACGGAAAACAUGCAAUAACGUGAUAUCCCAUAUUGCACAUGUUCAAUAUUACUGCUAAUGUAUAAUAUAUGUCAUGUCUUUUAACAAUUACUUAUGAAACAAUUAUUCAUAUCAAAUGGGCAUCACUUCCACUUUUAUAAAGAUUUUCUAGAAUAUAAACAAGACAUUUGCUCUCAUUUUAAUGUAGCCGUACAAUAGGCUUGUCCCGCACAACAACCCCAAGGCAGAACUCUAUGGGGGUAGAGCUACUUUGUAGUGAGUGCAGGAACACUCACACAUGCAUAGUACCAAACUCCACAACAGAUGGUUCUCUCGCUCACGCUCAAUUCAGAGCUUCGCUUCACUUCGUAUCCUGAGUGUACGAAGGGGCACUGCAUGCAGUUUGGCAUGGUACGCGUAAAAAUAAAUCAGUGCUGUUCA